AUGGCCUUGACGGAAGACCCCCGGCCGCUCAUUCAUUUUACCCCACAAAAUGGCUGGAUGAACGAUCCAAACGGACCUUGGUUCGACGAAAAAGAACAGUUGUGGCAUCUAUACUUCCAGUACACCCCUAACGAUACUACAGGUCUGCUGGACCUCCAUUGGGGUCAUGCUACGUCCACGGACUUGAGUACUUGGGUGGAUCAUGGGGUAGCUAUUGCGCCUGAAGAAAAAGGACAGGGAAUCUUCUCUGGUUCUGUUGUGGUGGACCACAACAAUACUUCAGGAUUCUUUGAUGAUGACAUUGAUCCUCGUCAGAGGGUGGUUGCCUUGUACACAUUGAACUCCAAGGACGCUCAGACACAGGAAGUAGCCUAUUCUAUUGAUGGUGGCUACAGCUUCACCAAGUACGAGGCCAACCCCGUUCUUGAUGUCAAUUCUAAGCAAUUUCGUGAUCCUAAGGUCUUUUGGCAUGAACCCUCAAAUCAUUGGGUCAUGGUGUUGGCUAAAUCUCAGGAGUAUAAAAUCCAGAUUUUUGGGUCCACAGACUUGAAGAACUGGGUGUUACACCUGAACUUUUCUGCUGGUCUUUAUGGUUUUCAGUACGAGUGUCCAGGGCUUUUUGAACUCCCAAUUGAGGGGGAGGACAAGAAGAAGUGGGUGAUGCUUUUGGCAAUAAACCCAGGCAUGCCUCUAGGUGGCUCUGCGAAUCAAUACUUUAUUGGCGAUUUUGACGGCUACAGAUUUAUUCCUGAUGACAGUCAGACCCGUAUUCAUGAUCAUGGGAAGGAUUUUUAUGCUUUCCAGAGCUUCAGCGAUGCACCUUUGGAAGAUGGUGUUUUGGGGGUUGCUUGGGCUUCUAACUGGCAAUAUGCGAAGCACGUUCCCACGAAAGAGUGGAGGGGGUCCACGGGAAUUGUGAGAAACCAUACAUUAGCACGAAUGCCAGCCAAUCCGGAAAGCGACUUGUUGACUUUGGUCCAAAAACCUGUGAUAGGUAGCUCAGUCAAGGCAGAGCGAUUAGUUGAAGAAAAGAACCUAACCUUGAGUCUGUCUGACCCCAUCUCAGCUAAAGCUAACAAAACAGGCGUUUUUGACAUAGAAUUGACUUUCACUGUGUCGGCUGAGAAGAAAGUCAGCAAGGUGAUUAACAUCAGUAUCUUAUCAAACAGUCAUAAUGGUACCAAAGAAGAGAUCACACUAGGCUACGAUGCCAAUGUGGAGGCAUUUUAUGUCGAUCGAGGCAUUGACAACAAAUUCAACAAAAAUCCGUUCUUUACAGAUAAAAUUUCGGCUUUCGUGGAACCCCUCAAAACAGACAAGGACUCAAACAAGACGUUCAAUUUGAGGGCAAUUGUGGACAAAAAUCUUUUGGAGGUCUUUUUAAAUGAUGGCUCAAGCACGAUAACGAACACAUUUUUUAUGAGUGAAGGCUCGUUACCAGAAUCAGUAGUGCUUAGUGCAUCCACGGAUGAUACAUACGUGGUUGAUUUCGCUGUGGAUGAACUUUCCUUGAGACACUAA